AUGGCUGCGAGCGUCGAGGUUCAGACUUGCAGUGCACUAUGGCAAGACUACUUGGCCUCCGCAUUUUCAGUGUACCGUGGUCAGGAUCUCGGUUCAGCCUGGACGACUAGUCUCGCAACAGUAACACCUACUGUCACAGGCACGGAGACAAUCUAUACAACUUUCAGUCCCGCCAGCGAUGUCUUUACGAUUGGCCUGGGCUUUGGGGCUUCGAAACCGAUCACGUAUACGCCUGUAUAUGCUUUGGGAGAUCCAGCGGUGAAUACAUACACCAGUAUCGACACCAUCAAUGCAUACACUCUCACGGAGAUCCUGGGCCCCACCCCAACUUGCAAGUUUACAAGGGUGACUUCGGACGGUCCUCCAUCGACAGACUGUGGUCGGUGCACUCUGGUAGGCGGCACAGUCGAGCUCUUUUACUGGCCGACCGCGACGAACAAUUACACAAGCCAAAAUAAAAGUCCUGCUACAGCUACAUCUACACCACUUUCUACCAUCCUCAAUGGAACAACGCUACUCUCACCAACUGCCUAUAUCUCUUUCCAGACAGCUUACGCCACUAACAGCUGUAGCCGUGUCGGCAUCGCGCACACUGGUGCCAUCAUCGGUCUGCCGCCCUCGGAGGUCUCUACUUUAGUUCACUGGGGUGGCAAAGCCGCCGCUUCAGGCGCAAACCAGUAUGGUCCGCUCGAUUAUGCUGACCUGACUGGCCUUCCACCGGCGUCGGUAUACGAGAGCCAGCAAUCAUGCCAGAUCGGUGGGUGUCGAACGAUCUAUCCGACUUUGCAGCCUACGCUUGUGGUACCUAAUCAGAUGAGAGCGUUGGACCAGGCUUGGCAGGAUUGUGGGCUGGGCUUGGAAGGGUUAUAUGAUCCUCCUAUCGCGCUUACACCACAGCCUGUGCUGGCUAUGCCUACGGUUCCAGCUUCUCCUGGCAACUUCAGAUGCAUCGCCGGAGCCAGCACCGACAAGAAGCACUACCUUCGUAUCGACCAUAUCGUUGAGCUUGGGAAGCACACAGGAGUCUAG